AUGUAUCGCAUAAUUGGACACAAUUUGCUGCGACAGCAUGGUCCACUGGCUAUUUUUGACGCCGUGGCCGCGGCUGGUGCCACAAGACAUCUGCAGUAUGAUUGCUUCGCGGAUCGCCACAUUGGUCCUUCGGAUAUCGAGAAGCAGCUUAUGCUCAAUUAUCUUGGAUUCAAAGAUCUAGACUUUUUAACGAAUACAAAUGUACCGGAAGCGAUUCGGUUGAAAAGACCACUUCAUCUGCCGCCAGCAAUCGAUGAAGAGCGAAUGCUAAGAGAGUUGAAAAAGCUCGCAGAAAGAAAUAAAAUUUUCAAGUCAUAUAUUGGAAUGGGUUAUUAUGACUGUAUUGUACCAUCGGUCAUCAGGCGCAACAUGCUCGAAAAUGCUGGAUGGCUUACUCAGUAUACACCAUAUCAACCGGAAAUAGCACAAGGGCGCCUGGAAAGUUUGCUAAAUUUUCAAACGAUGGUGAGAGAUUUGACAGGCCUGGAAAUUGCAAAUGCUUCUCUGCUGGAUGAAAGCACAGCAUGUGCUGAAGCUAUGACAUUGGCCGUUCGAUUCACGAAACGCACCAAAUUACUCGUUGAUCCAUUGCUCCAUCCACAGAAUAUUGCCGUCAUCGAAACACGAGCAAGACCGUUGAACAUUGAGCUGGAAAAUCUGAAAGUUACGAAUCCAAGUUUCGACAGCAAUGUGGCUGGAGUAAUUUUGCAAUAUCCGAAUACCGAAGGAAAUGUGUUGUUCCUGGAUGAUCUAGUCAAGAGCGCUCAUGAUAACAAUGUAUCAUUUUUACCAUUUUUUUUUUCAAAUUUUUGA